AUGCCCGCUGCUGGAUCAGAAGGACAGAGCUUCUUCCAACAAUAUGGCCACAUAGCCUGGCCCAUCCUUGGCGUCCUCGGCGCCCUCGUCCUCCUCAUCGGCGGGUAUGCCAUCUGGCGAGGCCCACACCGUACCUUCCUCCCCGCUUCCCUCAUUCGCCGACUCCGUCGAGACCCUCUCGCCGAAGACACCGACGACGAGAAGCGCUUCCACCCACUCGGCCGCGUCCCCAGUCCCGUCGCUAUCCCUAGCUACGCCAAAGUUCGGCGCGAGAGUCGGCGUGCUGAGAGCGCGUACUUCAAGGCGAACGGGAUGAGCGUGGCGGAUGAGUUCAAGCAGCAGGUGGUGGCUGCGCGGAGGGCGUCGCAGCUGGAGUCUGCGCGGAAGAGCACGAUGGGGAUGCAGUGGGCGACGGGGGCGCCGGUCGUUCUGGCUGGAGAGGUGGAGCACGGGACGCGGAGGGUGUCAGGGUUGGGACUGGCGGUGGCGAGAGUAGACGGGAGCCCGGUGUUCUCGGAGAGCGGCACACUGGUCGGCUCGCCGAUAUGGGACGAGAAGGAGACGAUCAUCGAGGAAGAUGAGGAGGAGGGAGACUCGACACUCGCUCGACCCGGUCUACCUCGUCGUCUAUCAUCGGUCUCCACUAUACCAUCGACCUCGGCGGACGGUUCCUCGCUCUCGUCUGUCCAGGAAACACUCUCACUCUCCCCAUCCAUCUCUCCUCUUCUUCCCGCUGUCAUCGCCCCAGUCACGUCACUUCCUCCACGUCGGUCAUCCAUCACUCCGGCUCCAUAUCAGCCGCAAGCACGGACGAGGGAGGUACGCGCGUCACGUCAACCUCCGGCAGUUAGGCGUUCGUACGCGACGCACAUGAAGGCUGGGGAGGAGUCGGACGUUUGGUGA